CUGAUAAACGAAAGAACUAUACAGUAUAGAAACGUUUUGUGUUGAUUUGCGGUAAACACUGUUAAAUAAUCUUUAUUUAGCAGCGAGUUCAGUCUCAACAUGAGUCUACCAGGGAGUUCUGACGAGUCAAAGAGGAAAAAUGAACUCGAAGAGGAAAUGUCAAGGUUUGAGCAGGAGAUUGCCGGUCAUCCAGUGGCAAAACCACCACCUAUCAUUUCAGCAAGUACAUUCAGAAAAGCAACACAAGCAAUCCAAGAUGCAAGAGUAAAUCAACCACCAUUACAAGUACCAAUGCACGUGCAACCUCUACCAAGACCACCAGUACCACCCCAGAUGCCUCAACAGCCACAGUUUUAUUCACCGCCAAAUAUGGCAAGACCCCCAAUUAUGAAUCAUCUCCAUAGACAUCCAGCUGGUCCAAUGGUAUCUCAACCACCUCAACCAGUAAGAAUACAGCAGAGACCUCAAAUGCAUCAAAUGAUGGCAGCAGCUCCAAUGAUGCCUGUAGCUGCAGGUCCUACAUACCCAGUACCCAUGGCAGGACCUGUUGUGCCACCACCUGUUGGAGUACCACCGACUAUCACUCCAGCUGAGCAGAAAGAAUGGGAAUCUGCAUACAAACACAAUGAGGGGGAUGACAAGAAAAAAGGAAAAGAUAAGAAAUUUGUCAGGGUUGCAGGAAGUCAAGUAUGGGAGGAUCCUUCCCUAUCUUCUUGGGAUCCAAAUGACUUUCGCAUAUUUUGUGGAGAUCUUGGYAAUGAAGUGACUGAUGAAUCGUUAACAAGAGCAUUUUCAAAGUAUCCAUCAUUUCUAAGAGCUAAGAUUAUACGAGACAAAAAGUCUAGCAAAACAAAAGGAUAUGGUUUUGUAAGCUUUAAAGAUCCUAAUGAUUUCAUCAAAGCAAUGAGAGAAAUGAAUGGAAAAUACAUAGGAAAUCGACCAAUUAAACUACGGAAGAGUACAUGGAAAGACAGAAACAUUGAUGUAGUUAGAAAGAAAGUUAAAGAAAAGAAGAAACUAGGAUUGAGAUGAUAUUUUCAAAGUUUUGUUAUUUUCUUAUCACUGACAACCUGUUUGUAUUUUUUUCUGGGUAGCUGUCAGUGAUAAAAAUAUCUUUAUAUAUACAGGCUGAAUCUAAUAAAUGAAGCACUUUGUGCAGAUGAGUUGGAUGGUAUUUUUUCCAUCCAAAGCAUCAAUUACUUGAAAGCUAUAACACAGCAUUCCACUUCUCUUGUUUGUUUGUUUGAUUUUUUUGUCUUUUCCAUUGUAACAAUAAUAAAUAAUGAUUUGAAUGGUUGCAGUUUGCAAUGGUUGCAAGAUGUUUCUUGUUCAAUAAAUAUAAGUACUUAAA